CUCAUGCUUGGCUCCAUUCAAGUCGCGGACGUCAAGGACUACUGGAUACAACAAAUCUCAGUCUGCUUCAUUGCCGAGUCAAUACACCAAGGAUAUCCAUCAUGGCGAGCUCAAUCUUCUUCUCGGUGGCUCCGUACCACAUCAUCACAUAUGGGACGUUGCUGGGCACGUCGUUCUUCCAUUCCUUCAUUAACGGUCCCGUCAUGUUCAAGACCGUCGAGCGCCCUGUCUUUUCUUCGAUGCAGCAAGCUCUCUUCCCCAUCUACUUUGGCAUUCAGACAGCUGCCCCUGUUCUCAUGGCCCUGACAUUCCCCGGCAAUGCCCUCUUCGGGCUAUCGUCAGGUGUGCAGGGUUUGGUGAACCAGUCGCAACGUUAUCAGUCUUUGCUUCCCAUGGGCGUCAUGUUCGUUACUGGUGUCACUAACCUAUUUCUGCUACUCCCCUUGGUCACUGGUGUGAUGAAGGAACGCAGGGGUCAAGCCAAGCGUGACGGCAAAGAGUGGGAUGCUGCGGGUCCCCAUUCGGAUGAGAUGCAGGCUCUCAACAAGCGAUUCGGGAUGCUCCAUGGGAUAUCUUCUCUUUUGAACCUCGGGACACUUAUUGCAGCUGUCGCCUAUGGUUUCACUCUUGGAGGCCGCAUUCAGUCCAUUACUGACAGGGCAGCUUAAUUUCGACGUUUCAACAGUCUAGCAGGACUUGUCGUUGGGCGCCCAAGACAACGGUGUAGGCUAUAAGCGAAAAUGAUAGCACUGCCUCUGGAAUUGAAUUUUGCGUGCCAUGGGGAAUUUCAAGUUUGCUGCUUUGCAGCCUUGGUCCGAACACAUCCGAAUGGCUUGUCAAUGAUCUCACGGCCACCAUGUAUGUCAUUGACAGCCCUCAUCACAGCCGAGGCCACAUGCCAACCCGCCUACGAAAAUUGCUACAAAACUACAAUGGAAUUGCUCUAUACCUCACAUUCCAGAUUUGGGUUCAAUUAUGAUGCGCCUCUACAUUGACUGAUUCGUAAGUGUUCGAAUGGGAAAAGUGGCGAUCGGCUUUCUGUCCGCGAUGUUGUCAAGAUGUUAGUCAUCCUUCGGGAAUUGAUGUCAAAAGCCUCAACUCCUAACUUGAG